AUGCGCCGAUGUUAUAAUCCAAAUAACCCUUAUUGUGAGAUAAUAUUCUCUCAGUCUUCGAGAGAAAGACUUGACGGUGUGGUGUGGCAGGUGGUCCCUGGCAGCGGGCGAGGCUGGCAGAUGUUUCGAGUUGAUGGGCGACGUAGCGGGGGUCCUGGUGGCGACCUGAGAGCCGUGUCUCCCCUCGACUAUGAGAACCCGGAACACCGUCGAGGCUUCCGUUUCAGGGUGCAGGUGACUGACAUGGGAACAGGUGGGUGGCUGGAGAAGUACCAUGUGGACAGUACGUGGGUGAACCUUCAACUAGUGGAUGCCAACGAUAACUCACCCACCUUCACCCAGGACCAGGCUCACCUGACACUACCAGAGGACACACCUACUGGCACCCACCUCGUCACCUUCACCGCCCAUGACAUUGAUGGGGUAAGAGAGAGAGAAAAAAAAUAAUGAAUGAAGGUAACAUUUACCGUUGAUGC